CGCUCUCUACGCCCACGUUUUUUUUUUUACAAAGUGUGCAGGACCUCUCAAACUGCGUACGAAAUCAAGUUCGAAAAUAAAGUGAGACAAAGGAGAAGAAGAUUAGGCUGGCAGGGGAGAAGGGGGCGAUACUCGGUGCCGCAGAGGCGAGCGUCUGUACACGUGACCCGUUCCUUCUCUCCACCGUGCCUUUUGUUACUGUUUUUGUUUCUUUUACUUAACCCGAGAGCAAUCUCGGCAAUCGAGGCAAGGGAGCGGAGGCCUGCGAGAGGCAUCACCUAGCUGAGGCGGCACGCCGGUAAAGGCCAGCUCCUCGAAGCCAUGGAUGGGCAGCGGCGGCUCUAUCGGGAACCGCCCCUUUUUCGCGGCUCCUGUCAGCGGGUCUGAAGAGUUUUCGCGAGCCGUCCUGUGACGGUGACGGUGGUAAUACCCGAGUGACGCCGUUCUUCGCGUCGUCUGUUACGAAAACGCCAAGCGCUCAGAAACGCGGCACCUCGUUCACGCGGUUCCUGACGUCGACGGCUUGCAAUGUUGAUCUGUUCGCCGUCUGGAACGAUGCUUCUUCUGGCCGAAGAUAAGGCACCCGAGUACGUCAUCUUUGGUCGACGGUAGCGAAGUGACGUCACCGUGACUGUCGCGGUCGGGGACGCCAAGUGUCCGGCGGUGGCUACUUCGGCGGGCGACAAGGAACCCGAGUGACGUCAUCGUUGGACGUACGACGGUAGAGAAGGCAACUGGAGCACCAGGUGUCGGGAUGUGGCCACGUUUUUUCGAGGCUCCAAGAGACGAGAUGGGACAGUUACAACUUUCAGGCCGUCUGUGACUACGUUUCUAGCAGUGACCAUAUACCACAUCGAAGUGACGUCAUCACAUCGAUUUCGACGGAAAAGCUAGACGCACAGCGGUAGUCAAAACGUUUGCACAAGUAAACGACGUUAACAGGCGUCAAGAAAGAUCUCAAAGGCUGAUCAUUCAAGCGAGAAGGAAGAAGCCAGUAAUUAGAGGUGCGGAAGAAGCUUUAGCGCCUUUGAAGGUUAGGAUUUCGACAUUAAAUUCGGGCGAAACACUGUCGCAGACAACGUUGAAGACACCAGGUGCAAGCAAUUAGUAGUCGAUUCAAAGUCUACACGCGAACGUACAGCAAGCACGGUUUGGUUCCGCAUGCUUUGGGGAAUUACGCACCACAAGUUAAGGCGGACGAAACACCGGCGACUCUCCGGCUAAUGACGUCUGGAAAUGAUGUCAUGACGCACGAGAUAUGGAAAUAUUCCCUGGGCUCUUCGCGUGAGCCAUCUAUGGCGUAAGGUACGGAGAUCCUGCACGUAAUAACAGUCGACUACUAAACAGAAAUUGAAAAGACAAGUGACGCGUCUUUAGGAAGUGUGAUCUGUGUGUGCAUCUUGAAGCCGUAAUGUUGGUGACGUCGCUGGAAAAAAACUUGGAGUCGACGGCUCAGUCAAGAGGAAUAAUUCCAUGACCUUACCGAGUGUUGCAUGCCUACAGCAGCAAGCCUUUCGACGAGAGUAAUACAGCGCUUCCGUAUCGUGGACAGCUUCGUAUCCUUGACUGGAGUACGACACUGAGGCUUUCGCCUGGACAAUACAAAGCCACACUUUUGUCUUCUGCCACGACACUCCGACAAUAGCAGAUGACAAUAGCAGACGAGUGAUUGUAGUGAUGAAUGCUUUAAAGUUGUUUGUCAUACUGUACUCUUAUACUUUUAUCAGCUGAGAAGACUGAGGAAAGUGGCAACGAGUCGGCGUGAUACCAGGACAAAGAUAUCAACCUGAUAUCCAUCGACAGAUGGCCUUCGAUGAGCUUGAGUUCCAGUGAUAUCUGGAUCGACAAGGCAAGCCUAACACACACACCAAAAGACUGUGCGAACUCUCCGGUGGGGAAACUUUGGCGAAUUCACAACUGCCGGCACAACUGGGCAGUUGGUCCAGUUUGUUUCAACUACUACCAUUACAGAGAUAACGGAUGACCUCUUGAAGAUGCCAGCUGGAAAUGCACUGUAGUGCAGUGACCUAGAGACAUUGGAUCCAGCCCGGCGGCAAAUGAUCGAUGACGUAGAGUCCGCGGCGGCUCUCUUAUUAGGUUAGAGUGCAAUUGCAAUCCAAAUAACGUCCUGUUCCGACUGCAGAGUCCCACGGUUAGUUCGUGACGGGAAAACGUAAUCGGACGCCGAACGAACAUCGUCGGUCACUGGCUAACGACUCGGCACCGGUUGGAAACGUAGUGCACUUCAUCUUUUUCUUUCGUCUGCUUCACGGUGCGCCGUCCGCUGCGGUAAGGACUCUUUCACCGAAGGACUUAAAGCCAAGUAAGUCAUCAGAGAGACGAAAACAGACGUAGAACGUUCCUUUCUUCUUUUAUAUCUGUAUCUGUCUCUCCAUUCGAUUAUCUUCCACGCACAACGCUCUAAUCAGCCCUGAGGCUUAGAAGGCUGACCAGGCGGACGCUAUAACGAACGCCGAUCGCUCGUCUGCUAGAUCGAAGAAGAGAACUAUACGACAUAGAUGACGCCUCGCUUUGUCGGCUUCGUUAAAGAGACAGCCUUUUAAAAAAGAAACACAGCCGCAACAGUUAGUUGCGGCGACGAUCGUCGUUUCCGAACGUUAUUGUACAACGUGAUGCGAAAACUGGAGCGGCCGGGAACAACGUCGUGAUCACUGGGCCGCUCUCCGUGUUCUUCUUUCGUACACGUUUUUUCCCCCGCAUCUUUUGGGAGGUGCAUCGCAUCCCUCCUUUGCACCGCCAGUCCUAUAGGACCAGCGGGCGGGCAGCCUAGCAGCAGCAGCAGCAGCAGCAACUCUCCGAAGCGGCGCCCAAACGCGAACGACGCCAGCGCCGACGGGGUGGUGGUGGUGUCCGUCGCAAGCUGGCAGUCAUGAAGACCGCACGGCGUACGGCGGCCAGUCCGGCUCCUGUCCCCUGACUUUGAGGUGGUGUGCGCGGGACCAUGCAGAGACGCCGGCUGGCGGGUCCGGUAGUGCUCGCCCUGCUCGUGCUCCUGCUCCUCGCGAUGACGUCACGGACCGCACAGGCCCGCACCGGAGCGCCACCAAAGCCCCCAAGGCCCUCCAGGGCUCGUCAGAGUCACCAGAUGGCGCAACUGCAGCAGCGCCAGGACGGUCAUCAGGGUCAGGACGUCAAGCCGCCGCUACUGCUGCGACCACUGCCCUCGGACGACCUUCCGGUCAUCGAUCUGGUCGAGCCCGUCGGGCACCUGUACGACCCGGGACCCGAAGACCUGGACCCGGUCAACCUUCAGAGGAUCCUGGCGGGGCACUUUGACCCAAAGUUCAUGGCCGUACAGAGGCCGAAGGAAAGCUACCUCCAUCCCAACGGAAGCCUCAAGCCGGGCUUCCGGCUCAGGAAGGGCCGCCUGGUGCCCGCCAGGCCGAUGCCCCGAGAGCUGCAGAAGAUCCGGCUCAAGAACAUCGAGCUCCCCGGCGGGCUCCGGGUCCGACUGGACAUGGGCCGGAGGUUGAGGCGCAAGAUGCGCCAGCUUCUCUGGACUUACACCUACUGUCCGCUGGUGUACCGGUGGAAGGACCUGGGCCUGCGCUUCUGGCCCCGAUGGAUACGCGAGGGCCGCUGCUACAAGAGCCGGCGGUCGUGCUCGUUCCCGCCGGGAAUGUCAUGCCGAGAGAAGAGCUCCACGGAGAAGACGGUGCUCCGCUGGCACUGCCGGGACUGGACGCAGAGGCGCCAGUGCCGGUGGAUACUGGCCACCAUAUCCAUACUCGUCGAGUGCUCCUGCUCGUGCUGAGUGCCGUAGCGCUGGCGUGCCACCUCCUCGCGUCACGUGAACGUUUGAGACGGUGCGAAAGUUCUGUGCUAAAUACCAUUGCUGGAAACCGUGCUACGAGCUCUUUUUUUGUCUAGCACGGUUCUGACGUAAAUCUUGUCAGGAAGCGAGCCGCAGAGUGAUUCAGUGUGUGUGUCAGACUUCGAAAGUGCUCGUGAAUAUCUGCAGACGACGUGACUCAGGUGCGCAUGGAACAACUGAACACCCCGUGAUCUUGCGCACUUCGGAGGUGAUCGCUGCUCGAGGUGCUGAACUAAGAAUCACGUGAUCCAGGUGUCCAGAACAUAUGAAAGCCGCGUGUUCUAGCGUACUUCGAAGGUGCCCGCUGCUCGGGGUGGUGAACAUGUGAUAACCACGUGACUGCGAUGCACAGAACAUCUGAGAACCACGAGAUUCACUGUUGUACGUAUAGCACACGUGAACUGCAACUCUAGUGCCGGUUAACCAUGGAUGGCAAGCGCACGACAAUCCACUUAAGCUCCGAGUAAAAAGAGACCCAAAGUGAUUCAGUGCGCGUGAGUCUUCAAAUGCGUCCGCUGCUCGAGGUGGUGAACAUGUGAGAACUACAUGGUCUAUCGUCACACCGAAAGCACACGUGAACUUACCUCAACGCUAUUGCCGGUUAACCACGGAUGUCGAAUGCAGGACAUUGCACUUUCCUUGAGCGCCGAGAUAACAAUGGUGACCUCUGGAAGUUUUCGAAAGUGAGAGUAGUUUAGUCGGACUUUGAGUGGGCAAAGCCGAAGAAUCUUCGACAGAGUGAUGUCGCAUUGCAGCUAAGAGGUCCUCAGCAGUUUUCGACGCUCGCGAUAAUAGGACUCUGUGCGUCGACUCGGGGCAUAACUUUUACAACAGCUAAUCGUAUUUGCGUUGGAUUUACACGACGAGCCCGCAUUGUUGGAAAUGUCGCGGCUUGGUAGCACUUUAUGUACGAGUGUAUGUGUCGCUCAAGAUGGUGCGUUGACCUGUGUCGCCCAGAAGCGCACUGCAAUAACUUGAUUCUCAUGGUGAGCGCAACGAUCCGACGUGCUCCCUGCGAGUGGGUUCUCAAUAUAGUCGACGCUGACGCUAGGCAGUGGCCUCUCCCCGGCGUCGUGAAGUGCGCUGAACAGCAGGCGUACAUUCUCACUCGCACCUUGCAACACUGGAACUUGCAAGCAUACUGAGCGUCAAACAGAACAAGGCUGACGACCCACCCAUGCUUUCUUUUGUCUCGUUUUCCGGAAACUGUGAACUGUAGCCCACUGCUUACAUGGAAGUUCCAGUCCCUAACUUAAGGACAUGACUGCUGUCCAACUUGGGCACUACAACCCUGCUGGCUCGCCGUUCUUUGUCCGGGAUACAGGACCUGAAGUGUGUAUGACAAGUGGCCUGUGACACUGCUGGACACACUUGGAGAAUCGUGCCAUCUUUAUAAACCUGGGCCAAUGGUCGUAUGAUGGCACUUCUGCAAGUUUUGUCGGAAGUAGCCUUAUAAGAGUGCCCGAUUCCAAAAACAAGCUCUGCCCCUGACGGUACUGGGUGCUUCUUUGUCGUACCCUCUCAAAUGCCGCAAGGCCUUGAGGGUCAAAUAAAUAAACUAGGUUACGGUCUGCAAGUAGCUGUACCACUUAGGCGUGUCGUACGUAGACGGAGACGCACAUGCUAUUGUACGCGAUUGCUAGAAGCUGGUCUUGUGGCAAGCUCGCAUAAGGCAGUGCAUCGGCUGGCUUCUUUCAUGUUGCUUAUCUCUAAGCACCAUGGCCCUGAUCUCUCGACGUGCUCGUCAGUAAAUAUACGCAUCAGCGUGUCUUUCUGAGUGCGCAAACGAAGACCUUUGUGUUUAACUUUUGAAAUCUGUGGACAGCUUACUGACGUGCAUAUAAUCAGUGUCCUUGAUAUAGGUACUAUAGCACUGCUUUUGUGUAAUGAAGAGAGUGGGCUCGAAAGAAUAUUUAUGUGUACUGGUGGUGAGAACACGUGGUUUUGCAAGAUGAAUUGCACAACUGUCCUUCAGAAAAGAACUUCACAAACGCAAUGCGAUCGAGUUAUCGGAAACUUGAGCGAGGGGACCUCAAACAAAUCUAGAGAAAGCCUUAAUGAAUUCGGAUUUCGCAGCAUGCUGUGUGCGAAAACACUGGCAUCCGGACUCUGUGCGAAAUUUCAGGCGUAUGAGGCAAUUCCCGGACACUGCAGUUUAGUAUUUAAGCAAUAUAUUAGUCACGGCAAACCAAUUCAGACCUUCGAGACAUUGGAGUGCUUCAAGAAGCCGUGACGCCUUCAUACUUCAACCUUCACGUGAAUUACGCUUAAAAAUGGGAGCGCCAAGACAAUGUCUUGCUUAAAAACCCACGCAGUCAAUGACGUCGGUUCAUGCGUAACCCUGCGCGCGGGUGCUGUAAUAUGCCUUGCCGUAUCUUGUUACCUCAAGCGAAGAUAUACAUACUUCGCGAUUUCAGGCCUUGCUGGCCAGCUUCAGCGGAAGCGUGUGUGAAGUCGCAGAUCUUAGAGGAUCGGGUCGCACAGCAGUUUUGGUGUGCAGAAACUAACAGGGCUAUAUCCUGCUCCUGUUUGUGAAUCUCCUUUUACAGUUGACAAAACCGGCUAAGGGUGUUAUGAACUGAAAUCCUCAUAGACUUGUAGCCCUUCAUUUGAGCUACAAGGAGCCUGAUUAAUCCUGGCAUUAACUAGUAUCAUCAACAAACCCCAAUCACCUCGUCAGAUGCUGCUCGUCACGGAAGUAUAUCAUAUUUUAAUCUAUCACGAAUGAUUUUUUCCCCUCAGAGAUAAAGCGCUUAAGAUGUACUGACUGAGUCGCACUGAGCUUGCACGAGUACAGUCCUAUCACCGAGCAAGUGCGAAAGACAUACGUUUGUUCACCGUCAGGCAGCAUCUUGUCGUGGGUUGUACGUUCUUCUUCUCAGGUUUACUGUGAGAUUUAUAUAUACAGACAGUGUUCAACAGACCAUUAGUCUUGCUAUAGGUAUGCAAGCGAACUGCUCCCGGCGUUCUGCAGUCACAAGCUCUCUACUUGAAUGUCGUAUAGUACGCAAGGAGCUGUACAUAAAGUUUCAGACCGCAAGAUUAGCUGCUUCAGAUGUACUGCUACACUACGACCUCAGUGCAAUUUAUCACUACCUCUACUUAAAGGUCGUAUCUUCACGUAUUUCUCUCGAGGUCGUACGAGGGAUAAAUUCCCCAGCUAUCGUGGCUAUAUUCGUCCUACAUGUUUCCCUAGUUCCUUGUCAACUUCACGUGUGCCAUCCUUGAACCUAGCAGGAUACCCUGCUUACAGCGAUGCCAUAUAUUACAUAUUGUUCUCCAUGUUAUUUAUGAGCAUAGAUGCUAGUUCAUAACCUGACUGCGCUGGCGGUUGGAAGUUCUCUGUCUUGGCACUAGAGGGCGCGGUGGACGCCGGAAGUAGUCCGUGCACGUGCCAAGAGUCACGUGAGUGGGGUAGGUUCGCGCAGCCCGCCCCCCCCCCCCCCCCCCCCGUACCCAGUGUUGGGCCAUUUGUACUGUGACAUUUUGUUUGUGUGUGUAUGCGAAAGAAUAUGGUUCAAGUGUGCAUUGUUGAUUUUAGUGGUGACCGAAUAAAGUCUUCAAGA